UGAUCUCCGGUGAUGGUUGCGUGCAUUCCCACCCGAGCCCCUCACCAACAUAUUCCACACCCUCGCUGUCGUUUUUUCCACUCCGUAACGUCGCGUGCUGAGCGUGGCUGAGUAAUCGGCGCCGCAUCCGCCGAUCCGCUCUCGCAUCCCCAACAUGGACCGCAGGGGGAGGACUUGAGAGCUUCUUUCUUGAUUUCUGUUCUGCUUCUUUCGUCUGCGGGAAGGAGGAGAGCCAUGGCCCGCCCGCUGGUUGCGAUCCAGUCGGCGGUCCUGUUGCUCUUUGGGAGCGACGUCUUCCUGGUGGCGGCAAAUCGUCCGCCAGCUCCCGUCAACGUGUCCGUCAUUCACCUUCGCUCUGACUCGGCGACCGUUUCCUGGGAGGUCCCCGAGGGAGAUAUCAUCAUCGGCUUCUCGGUCUCACAGCAAAGGCGGGACGGACACACGCGGCGCUUCAUCCGGGAGGUCAACACCACCAGCCGAUCUUGCGCCCUGUGGGACCUGCAGGAGGAGACGGACUACGUCGUGCAGGUGCAGUGCAUCGGCCUCUACGGCGAAAGCCAAGCCAGCGAGAAGGUCCGCUUUCGCACGCUGGGAAAGGGCGACGGCUUUCCCUCCAACACUUCUGAGCAAGAUGACCCAACGGUGCAGGGCUUGGAGAGGUCGCGGCAUCUGCAGACAGGAGAGGUCAUCAUUAUAGUGGUGGUCUUACUUAUGUGGGCAGCCGUCAUCGCCCUGUUCUGCCGCCAGUAUGACAUCAUCAAGGACAAUGACUCCAGCAACAAUAAGGAGAAGGUCAAGCCGUUGUCGGAGAGGAGCACGCCAGAUCGCCACAGCGGAGGGCUGCUUAGGACCAAGCUUCACCCAUCCAUGCCGUCCAUCAACAUCAUCGAAGUGUGACGGCAAAGA